AGCGGCCAUCGUGAUGAGAAAUUCUCAAUCGGACGCGAGUCGUGCCAGAAGAAGGUUCGCGUGAGUUGUCGUGAACUUAGUGUCUCACAGGAAUCGACUAUUUAUUGAAUAGUCACGUGUAUAAAAAUUUAUUGAAUAAUCAGAAACCCAGCGAUAGGAAAGAUGUUGUUCCCAUGUUUGGUGUUAAUUGCAGUUCUGUAUCCAUCAAUGGUUCCCCAAGUAUCCGCAGAAGGUGAACCAUGUACACGAAACAAACUACAAGGCGUCUGCAUUAACAUACGGUCCUGUCCGUAUUUAAUAUAUGUACUAGAAACUUAUGGCACGGCAGCCAAAGAAUACUUGACGAACGCUGUUUGCUAUUACGCUGACAGGGAUCCAAUUGUUUGUUGCCCUCAAAACAACUCAAGCGAUAGUAAGGAAAUAAGGGACAGUCCGUAUGGGCCAUUGCAACCACCGGAUUGUGGUUUCAGCAAUGUCGCGCAUCACAGAGUUGUUGGUGGUGUGCCUGCUGAGCCUGGUGCAUGGCCUUGGAUAGCAGCCUUGGGCUACGAGAAUAAAAGCAUUUCAUCGCAAACAAUAUGGAUGUGCGGAGGAUCCUUGAUAUCCUCCAGACACGUUUUGACUGCCGCUCACUGUAUUACCGAUGAUUUGUACACCGUCCGCAUUGGGGACUUAGAUUUAUUCAGCGAUAACGACGGUGUUCAACCUGUUCAAUUGGGAAUUGACAAAGUAACAGUUCAUACAGCUAACGAUAUAGCUGUUAUCAGGUUGAGCGAUGAUGUGCAAUUUUCCGAUUACGUUCGCCCGAUUUGUCUCCCAGUAGGGCCUUCCCUUCAGAAUAAUGAUUUCGUACGAGCCUUUCCAUUCGUUGCUGGAUGGGGAUCACUUGAAUCAGGGAGCCGUAUUAUUAGCCCGAUUCUUAUGGAGGCACAGGUACCGGUAGUUAAUAAUGCGGCUUGUAAUAAUGCAUAUUCUCGAUUCCAAGCUGCUGUCAUCGAUGAUCGAGUAUUGUGUGCUGGAUAUGCUCGUGGUGGAAAGGAUGCUUGCCAGGGUGAUAGCGGAGGACCUUUGAUGUUGCCGCAGCGCCAGCAUUUUUUCCAAAUUGGAGUGGUUUCGUACGGACAUGGGUGCGGUCUGCCUGGAUCUCCUGGUGUUUAUAUUAGAGUCACCAAAUUCCUGGAUUUCAUUAUCUCUGCGAUGCAGUAAUCGAAAAGUAUUCAAGAAGCUUAAGGUUUCACCCACUCUGAAUAAAAAUCUUGGACUAUAAAUAAUCUUUGUAAAUGCUGUUAGUUGCACAUCGAUUAGCGUCUUUUGUUAAACGAACGAUUUUGCACUGAAAGUGUUUCUGAAACGCGAAGGACUUUGUUAAUCAAUCUUGAUUAAAAUAUAAUUUAAACUAUUUUUCAGAUUUAUUUAUAAUUUCGUGCCGUAUGGAGAGAUCGUUUUUUUAUUGUUAAUUUAUUUUCUGCAUUUUUU